AUGUGUAGCUGUGAAGCUCACGGAUGUCUCUGUCCCGUGUCUCAGGAAGCUGGUUUGGGUGGGUUUCCCCACAGCGGCUCCGCAGGAGUGAAGCUGGAGCAAAUGAUGGAGCAUCUUCAGCGGCAGCAGCAGGCGCGUCUGGAGGUGGAGCACAAGGAGCGCAGGCUGCGUGAAGCUCACAUCAUGUACGCGCAGCAGCUCGCGGCUCAGCAGGCCGUUCUGGCUGCCGCUCGGGCUUCAGGGGCCGGGUUCAUGAGCAGGGGCCUCGGCACUUCUGGGGCCGGACAUCCGUCCCUUGUCUCCAAUCAAAGCAGUUUGGACUCCGAACGCGACCGGGACUCGGAUGAUGAUGAUGGGAUGAUGGAGGGCGAUGAAGGUAGCGAGGAAGAUGAGCGGCCCUUCGGGAGCUUCUCGGGCCCCGGGGCCGCCGCAGAUGCGCAGAGAGCUCUGUCACCCGGCGUCAGGGUCAAACAGGAGCCCGAGGACGAUCUCUCACCCGUCGGGCGACCGUCUGUGUCUUCUCCUAACGGCCAAGCGGACUGGAGCUACGAGGAUCACUUUAGAGCGGACGGCGGUGUAUCCUGGCCGGAUGAUGUGGAUGUUGCUCGUGGAAGAGGGGAAGCGUCCAGAGAUUUCGCCAAGUUAUAUGAGCUGGAUAGCGACCCGCAAAGGAAGGAGUUUCUGGACGACCUUUUCACCUUCAUGCAGAAACGAGGGACUCCGGUGAACAGGAUCCCCAUCAUGGCGAAGCAGGUUCUGGAUCUGUACAUGCUGUAUAAGCUGGUGACGGAGAAGGGCGGACUGGUGGAGGUCAUCAACAAGAAGAUCUGGAGAGAGAUCACCAAGGGUCUCAACCUGCCCACGUCCAUCACCAGCGCCGCGUUCACGCUCCGCACGCAGUAUAUGAAGUAUCUGUAUCCGUACGAAUGCGAGCGGAAAGCGUUGAGUUCUCCCAGCGAGCUGCAGGCUGCCAUCGACAGCAACCGGCGCGAAAGCCGUCGAUCCAGUUACAGCAACAGCCUGUUCCGCUUUAGCCCCUCCCCAGGCUCCGCCCCUCACCUCCUGACCCCGCCCAAGAUGCACCUGUCAGCGCUGGGGGCCAUAGGGGCCCUGAAUGGACUGCAGGCGUCCCCGGGGCCAUCUCUGAAGAAGGGACUGAAUGAUGGCCGCUCGUCCUGCGUGGCGCUGGCGUUUGGGCAGCAGCAGGCGGCGGGUUUGGCGCGGGCCGCGACACUGGAGCAGCUCCGAGAGAAGCUGGAGACGGAGGCACCGGAGAGGAAGAUGGCGCGUCUGGCCGAGGAGCAGCAGAGACUCAUGCAGCAGGUCUUCCAGCACAACCUGCUCGCCAUGGCCUCGCAGAUCCCAGUCAACCUGCGGCCCAGAACUUCGGCCCGGGAUGAGAAGCAGGAUCUGGCCGUGAGCAUUUCCUCCAGUGGAGCGGCGAGUAUCAGCGUGUCAGUGGAAGUCAAUGGCAUCGUUUACUCAGGAACUCUGUUUGCGCAGAAGUCUGCGUCUGCUGCACCUGGACCCAGCUUCACCUUCUCUAGCCCCGCCCCCAGCCAAAGCCCCGCCUCUUCCUCCUCCUCCAAGGGGCGGAGCUCCGCGCAGCCAUCCACCAGCGGCUCUCCGUAACCCGAUUACUGAAAAUCAAACUGUUGCACAACCAGUACCUCAGUUUCUCCUGUCCGCACGUUUGCAAACAUUUACAUGGACACACAUGCAUAAAAUAACACGGCUGGGCCUCAUUCACGAAUCACGAGUUAAUCGUUCAUAUACAGUCUUAUGCAAAAAUCACAAUCAAUUCAAUGCAACAGACUGGAUUGAUGAACGAUCCACAUAGAAAUUCAUGCAUUCGACGUCCGAAAACGCUAAAUACAAUCAGAACGUUCAGCCGAACGACGGGCAGGUUUCACAGAACUUGGAGAUUUUUUAUUUAGAGUGUGUUUCGAUCUGUCUUCUGAUUAUGUUUCGUGACUUUAUGAUCUUUUUCACUCAAGGUUCCUAAUUUUACCUCAGCGGUGGAACGUCUCUUACCUCAGGAUCUGUAGUUUAGGUUUUCUCUGAAUGAGUUUUAUUUUUUUGUAGAAUUGGCUUGAAUUGGUGGGGAUCAGAAACGCUGUGAUUCUCCUCUAUGCGUCGCCCGUCUGGACCCGAGCGUGUGAUCGUUAAUCUAAUAUCUGAAUAUCUGCUGUUCUGCGGCGUGUUUGUUUGAUGAUUUCAGAGCCUGUCUGUCUUCAGGAGCAACCGUCAGAUACCUCAGAAACCAGCUGAAUGUCUCAGUAGUUGUUUAAACGAGCAAGCGGCCUUCUAAGAGAUCUGCAAAAACCAAUCAUUUCAUCUGGAUCUCAGG